CGGAGCCGGUGGAGCCGGGGCCGGUGGCGGAGCUGCGCGGUGCCCCUGGCCGCGCCCGCGCAGGUCUCCAGGCAGGGUCUUGCUGUUGUGGACCCCUCUCCCUGCCAGAGGGCAGGGGCUGCUGCCUCCAGGAUGGCAAGAUGGCUGCCACGCUCUGCCGACCUGACUCGCUUCUGCCAGAAACUCAGCCGGGUGAAGACCUUGGAGGAGGAUAUGAUGGAGACAUCCUUUAACAGAUGCCUUUCUACCGUUGACUUGACACUGCUGGGCAUCGGGGGCAUGGUGGGCUCUGGGCUGUACGUUCUCACAGGCACUGUGGCCAAGGAGAUCGCCGGCCCCGCCGUUAUUGUCUCCUUCAUCAUUGCCGGCUUUGCCUCGCUCCUCGCUGCUCUCUGCUACGCCGAGUUUGGAGCCCGAGUACCAAAGACAGGCUCUGCCUAUAUGUUCACCUAUGUGUCUGUGGGUGAGAUCUGGGCCUUCCUCAUUGGCUGGAACGUGCUGCUGGAGUACAUGAUUGGGGGAGCGGCAGUGGCCAGGGCCUGGAGCGGCUACCUAGAUUCCAUCUUCAACCACAAGAUAAAGAACUUCACUGAGACCCAUGUGGGUGCAUGGCAGGUGCCGUUCCUGGCUCACUACCCCGACUUCCUGGCUGCUGCCAUCCUGCUGGUAGCCACCACCUUCAUUUCCUUUGGGGCCAAAGUGUCCUCCUGGCUCAACCAUGUCUUCUCAGCCAUCAGCAUGGGUGUCAUACUCUUCAUUCUUAUCAUGGGCUUCAUCCUUGCGCAGCCCAAGAACUGGAGUGCCCAGGAGGGUGGCUUCGCCCCAUAUGGGCUGUCGGGCAUCAUGGCAGGCACAGCCACCUGUUUCUAUGCCUUUGUGGGCUUUGAUGUCAUCGCAGCCUCCAGUGAAGAGGCCAGGAACCCACAGCGGGCUGUGCCCAGGGCCAUCGCUUUCUCCUUGGGGCUGGCCACCGGGGCCUACAUCCUGGUGUCAGUGGUGCUGACACUGAUGGUGCCCUGGCACACACUGGACCCCGACUCUGCCCUGGCAGAUGCAUUUUACAGGAGAGGCUACGCCUGGGCAGGGUUCCUGGUGGCCGCGGGCUCCAUCUGCGCAAUGAACACAGUCCUGCUGAGCAACCUCUUUUCCCUGCCACGCAUCGUCUACGCCAUGGCUGAGGAUGGGCUCUUCUUCCAGGUCUUCUCCCGAGUGCAUCCCCGCACACAGGUGCCUGUCGUCGGCAUAGUGGUCUUUGGGCUGCUGAUGGCCCUAUUGGCCCUUGUCUUCGACCUGGAGGCCCUGGUGCAGUUCCUGUCCAUCGGCACGCUGCUGGCCUAUACCUUUGUGGCCGCCAGCAUCAUUGUCCUGCGCUUCCAGCAGCAGAAAGUGGAGCCCCGUGUGCCAGCGGCAGGUGGCCGGCCGAGCCCCGAGGCCCGCGAGGGUCCAUCUGCUGGCGAGUUGAAGGAGUACGAGUCCUUCUCUGACAAGCUUCAGCUGGUGGACAGGGACAAGAGCAAAGAGCACCGGGAGCCAGGGCAGUUGAAGGCAGCUUUUGAGCCCUACCUGGAAUUCCUCAGCGACUUCUACCCAGGUGAGGUGGUCACGGUGGCUGUGGUGACCCUGAUGGUGUCUGCCAUCUGUCUCUGCUCCAUCUUGGUGUUCGGCAACACACACCUUCACCUGCCCACCUGGAGCUACUCCCUGCUGCUAGUCCUCUUCAGCCUGGUCUUUCUGCUCAGCCUGCUCCUCAUCUGGGCGCAUGAGCAGCAGCGGAGCACACAGACCUUCCAGGGCUGCUUGUCUACUUUGGGUACGGCCUCUGGCACAGCAAGGAGAACCUGCGGGAGCCGCAGCCACAGAGCCUCAGCGCGCGCUACGUGGUGUUCCCCAGCGGCAGCCUGGAGGAGCGGGUUCAGGCGGUGCAGCCCAGCGCCCAGCCCAGUGCCGGCCCACCCGACGCUGAGGACUGCAAGAGAUGACACCACCUGGGACAGAGGCACCCAGCUAUGGGAGUGUCUGACCCCCCUCCCCAUGGCGAGGCCAGAGACCCCUUCUCCUCCUCCCCAUCCUUUUGUGUCUCGUGGCUCCAUCCAGAGAUGUCAAGGAUGCUUGCCCUUCCACACCAGCUCCCCACAGAGUUGGGGUGGGGGGGGGCUGGCUCACUCCCUCCCCAGCCCCAAACUCAGGAACUGGGUCUUAGACCCCUCAGCCCAGCAUCUGCCCAGCUCACAGGGAGCUGUGGCCUUGCCACCUUCCCCCAGCGCACCCAGGUGCCCUGCAGCAAAUCUCCUUCUGCUGGCCCAUCAGUGCAGUGGUGGGGAGGGGUGUGAAGAGGUGGGGAGGGGUGAAGAGGGUCUCCAGGACCCCCAGGACAGGGAAGACAGCCCAGCACGGCCUGUCCCAGGUCUCGCCCUGGCUGCAGCACAGGCUCUCGCUGCAGCCCUGCCCAGCCUCCUGCUGAGCUGCCUGCAGAAGGAGGCAGGGCCAAAGGUGCUUCCCCACCAGCAUCUCAGUGAUAUCCCCAUUCUCACUCUCCUAAAAGACUGGGGCUGAGGGGGGCCAAGGAGUGGGGACAUGAGAUGGAAAAAAGACGUGGCCAGAGAGAGUGGCUGGGCAGGGACCCCUGGAGAGCCAUUGCAGGUUGGCAGGCCAACUUCCCUGCCUCCAGCACUGGCGGUCUCAGGGUCACCGUGCUUGGCUGGAAGGUCCUGCCGUGGUCCUGCCAGGGCCAGGCUCUUGCCCCAGCCCCAUGCUGGAUGUGGGCACUCAGGACCCCAGAUUUAUUGCCCUGUCCCCAGAGGUCCCCAGCAGUGUCCCUGAGCUGCACUGUCUGGAGCUGGCACCGCCUUCCCUUUGCUGCCACCUGCCCUGGCAUGGGGAGUUCAGGCCCCUGCAGUGCCCCUCCCCAGGCUCAGGACAGGCUCUGUAGGGGCUUUUGAGUGUUUCCCCCUCCCUGGGUAGCAUCCCCAUGCUCUGGGGCUCACUCUGUUGUGUCCUGGGUGUGUCUCCAGCAGUGCCUAUGAGUAGCCUGAAGUGGAAGGGCAGGGCAGUUUUGGCAUGUUUCAGAACAAGUACAUGGAAGAAAACAAGGCUGGGGAGCUGCUGGGCCUUGCAGUGUGGACACCCUGCUCCCUGCAGCCAUGCUGGACAUGCAACAUCACCUGCAUCCUGCCAGGAGCCAGGGACUGUGGGCAAGCUAGUCCCAUUGCUGGCCAGUCCCUGGAAAAUCUGAGGGGUCCCUAAGGGGUUUCUGUACAACGUGCUGCUCCCUAGUGAGCCCCUCUGUCUGCCAGCACUGCUCUGUGUCCCACCUUGCCCCUGCACUGCUGUCCCUGCUGGAGUGGCCCGUCUCCACCCUGCUGUGGCCCUGCUUGGCACCUCUGUCUAGUGGCUUGUGAGCAUCAGGCUGACUUGGUCACCCACAUAAAUACUGAU